AUGUAUGAGCUUCGAGAUUCGCCUGGUAAAGGCAAGGGUCUGUUUGCCUCGGCGGCUGGUAUCCGGCAGGGCGAUUGCAUCAUUGCCGAAGCCCCUAUCCUCACCGUCGACCUUGCCCGGUUCAGGUUGCCGCCAGCCGAGCUCGAGCUGCACCUCGAGGAGAAACUGCAGAGCUUAGAAGACGAUCAGCGCGCCGAGUUCAUGUCCCUGUCGACAAACGGCGCCAAUGAAAAUCACCCGCUGUCCUCCAGAUUCCUCACCAACGCCCUCGGAACCGACGAGGAUGAUGACGACAGGCAGGAGCAACAGAAACAACAGCAACAGCAACAGCAAGGACGCCGCCAGCCGUACUAUAACGCAGUCCCGGCCGUAUUCCGCAAUGCGUCCCGCCUCAACCACUCAUGCGUACCAAACUGCCACUUCUCGUGGGACCGGACCGCGCGAACGUGUCUAGUCCACGCCAUUACAGAUGUGUCCCCGGGCGACGAGCUCACCGUCGCCUACGACUCGCGCGGCACCGCCCAGACCAAGGCUGACAUGGAGACCACUAUGGGGUUCAGAUGCGCGUGCCCUCGCUGCACCCUACCGCCCGAAGAAGUAUCAAGGAGCGAUGAGCGUCGGCGUGAGUUGAACGCCAUACUGGCCGAGGUGGACUUGGCGUACCGGGCGGCUGACCCAAGGGACCAGAGCAGAGAUGAAGAUGAGGGCAAGGAGGAACGGGAGGAAGAUAGAAAUGGGCGGCAGCAGUGGGACAUUCAGUCACCAAGAUCGUCUUUUGCCCCGGAGCGGAUCCUACCACUGUGUCGCAGGAUUGUGGCGCUCCAGCAGCUCGAGUUCGGCAGCGCGCCGGCGAUAAUGACGUACGAGCUGGGACUGGCAAUGCACUACGCCAGCAGCAGCUGCUUCCUGCACGAUGAUUACGUGCGGGCGUCUGCCUUUGCAUCCCGGGCGCUGGCGGCUUUUACGGUUUGCGAGGGUGCUGACGGCCAGAACGCGAGGGCCUAUCGCGACUUGACACGAGAUCUCGCCAGUACCAUACGCUCAAAGAAGCCUCUGGCCGGCAACCAACAGGCGUACGACCGUUGGUUAUGGUUGCCUGAGUAG